GUGCUGCCUUGCUGGAAAAGCGAUCCUCCGCUGCCGCUGCUAGGAUUCCCAUCGCUUGUGCGGUACUACAUCCUGUCGUCGCGCACGACAGAUGCCGAUGGCUGCUAACUGCAUCGCUGUGCCGUGACGAAAACAUCGACGACCAACAGGCUCAAAUGACAGCUACCGGCGCCGACGUCGGCGCUCGUUGAAGUCCCCAGCGGUUUCACUCGCGGGAUCCGGAGACCCGACAGCCGCUCAGCUGGGACAUCGCAAUCGGCGUCGCGGAACAUAUCCAAGAGGUGUGUGAGGGGCUUUGAAAUUACGUGGCUGACUACACCUAUUGUCAACAUGGCAACGAAAUAUGCCAAUUUCAGCUCUGGGUCCGGAAGCGGUGGAUCCUCAAACGCAGAAUUUCAGAGUCUGUCGCAGACAAUAGGAACAAAUGUCCAAAAGAUCAGUCAGAAUGUGGGGUCUAUGAAAAAGAUGGUGCAGCAACUGGGGACUUCACAGGACUCCGAGUCACUGCGCUCACAGCUGCACCAGAUCCAGCAGUACACCAACCAGCUGGCCAAGGACACUAAUGCGCAGCUCAAGGCGCUGGCGGCCAUGCCGUAUGGGGAGCAGGGUGCUGGCCGUCUGCUGCGCGAGAAGCUCACCAACGACUUCUCUGAGGCACUGCACCACUUCCAGCUUGUGCAGCGAGCCGAGGCCGACAAGGAGAAGGACUCGGUCAAGCGCGCCCGCGCCGCCUCUGGCAUCGGGUUUGAGUCGUCGAGCAGCCGUGGCGGUCCAGGCAACCUGAUUGAGUUGGCUUCGCCUGUGCAAGCGCAGCAGUCGCAGCAGGCACAAAGCUAUGCCCAAAUGGAUGAACAGGUCAACAUCGAGAUGUUGAGGGAGCGGGAGCAAUCCAUCCGUAAACUUGAGAAUGACAUUGUGGAUGUGAAUGCAAUAUUCAAGGACCUUGCAACGUUGGUUCACGACCAAGGAGACAUGAUUGACAGCAUUGAAGCCAACGUGGAGAGUGCCGCCGUGCACGUCGAAGAAGGGGUCCAGCAAGUUGCAAAGGCAAGGCAGCAUCAGGAGAGAGCUCGGAAGAAGAUGUUUUGUCUGUUUAUCAUAGGUGUUAUCGUGCUGGCCACACUGAUAACCAUUAUUGUAGUGUCUGUCAAGAGCUAACCGGAGUGAGGCAACAUUGCAGGGAGCCUGCCUGUCUGGCUGCGUGUGUGUCCAAGAUUGUGAAGGGACCUAAGGGGGGAGCGAAGAAAAAAAAAAAAAGCCUUCACAUUGCAACUUGUGGAUCUUCUUCUGUCGACAACCUGAACUGGCUCGCGACUCUCUAGUUUCCAGCAAAGGAAGCAUCGGCAGCUGGUUCUGAAACAUUCCACACAGAGGAUAGUUGUCCAAAGAGAUCUGAGUUUGUUGGAGCUUGCGGCUAGGAGGGACACGGCAUGAGCAGAGGUUUGCUUAGUUGGCACGGCUAAUUCCUUCUGUUGUUGUGGAGCCAAGACACUUUGGACGCGGGGGAAAGCUAACUGUGCACAAGUCUACCCUUCCCGUCAGCCGUAUUUGUUAUCUUUCUUUCCCCCCCCCCCCCCCCUCCUCGUCUCGUUUAUUGGCCUACAUAGCCAGCGAUGUACAUACACUAAUAUAUUCUGGUUGCCCAUACAAGGGUACACCAUGAUCCUGUUUGAAGUGACAAAUAAACAGUAUGCAGAGAAAUU